AUGGAAUACAAAAGCAAGGAAGCCUUCCUGGUUCGAUUAUAUUUCACUUUUUCAUUCCCCUUGUUCAUCUAGUUGACAGUAAUAAAACACAUUUGACAGACAUGAGCGAGACCAAGGUUGAUGAUAGUAAAAAGACAGAUAUACCCACAAAGAGAGAAUUUCAUCAAGUAGAGACGUCUACUUACUGGUUGCCCAAAGAUGAGGACGAGCAGUUGAGAUUGACAGGUCAACAUGGCAUUUUCAAAUAUAUAGCUGGAGGAAACGUUCGUCCAAAGGUCUUGAAGGCUCUGGAUUUCAAGGGCGGACUUGAAGUACUUGACGUCGGAUGUGGAUCAGGCGUGUGGGUCAUGGAUAUGAUCUCUGAGUAUCCCAAUUGCAAUUACUAUGGCUGUGAUAUGGUAGAUGUUGUCAAUAAGAACAUGAUGCCAAAACAAUUCCAGUUUACCAUUGGUAAUAUCCUUGAAGGUUUACCGUAUCCAGACAACUCGUUUGAUUUUGUUCAUAUGAGACUAUUUGUUGCUGCAUUAAAAAUCGAGGAAUGGCCAUUGGCGAUCAAGGAGCUGGUCCGUGUGACUAAGCCAGGAGGUUACUUUCAAAUGGUUGAGCUCGAUAUGAGGAUACCUGAACUAAAAGAAGGACAAGAGAAGGAUGCAUUCUACAGGUUGAUGGAAGCAGCCAAUAUUACAUGCAAGGCAAGAGGACAAGAUGCAAGAAUUGGAAGAGAAUUAGAAAGAAUGGUAUCCGAAGCUGAUCAUAUCACAAUCACUGACACUAAAUACGGAUACAUUGAUACAACCAAUGGUACAAAUGAGGCCAAGAUGGCCAUUUGGGCUUGGAUACAGUUUGCAAAGAGUGGCAUGCCCAUGUUUGGUCCUGUGUUGGGCUUAAAGAAUGUACAGGAACAACAAAAUUAUUUGAAAGAACUUGAGUAUUGUAUGACAUCGAUCAAUGGCCAUGCUCAUGUGUACACCGUAGUUGCUCAAAAAGUCGAAUAAAAAGUGUUCAAACUGUGUAUCUUGAGUAUAUUUUCUUUGGAAGAUGGUUAAAAACAAUAAAGGGGAAAACCUGUACUGGUAUAUUGAUUUUUACAAGAUGAGACAACAAUAUCACAUUGACUACAUUCCCUGUGAGGUUUUUGAAGCCUUGCGCCCUUAAUUAUGGCUAUACGAGUAGUAUAGCUCCCAUUCUUUAAACCAUUAAACUGUUAUGGAUUGGUCUUUAUCCCAAAGAUAUCUUACACACUCCAUCAAUCUCGUCACAUUAUCUCGACUCUCAUCAUUCUUGCUUCGAAAUCAAAGUUAAACACGACACCUUUUCCUCUUUUGCUAAUAACUAUGGAUGCUCUAACGUUUGUGUAAAAUCAGACUUCCAUAGCACUUUUGCAUCUAAGAAAGAAAUACG